AUGACAGAUCCAUGCUUCAACUUCAUCCCCCUAAAUCAACCAAACUCUUCUUGUCAACCUCAAAUUACCCAAAAACAAGCUCUCCCUCUCAUCAAUUAUCUAUCAGCAUCCAAUGAAUCGUCGAGCGGCUGUGCUUCCAUAGAAGAGUGCUCGUUUUCCACCGCCGCCGGUGACGAAGCCGACGCGGACGACAAUUACGGUGUAACCGUAGACCUGCACAUAGGGUUACCUAACCCUGGUUCCGAUCUGAGGUCUAGGGCAACCCCAUCUGCAGAUUUGACAGCAGGCACUAGUGGUGCUGGAGUUCAAGGGAACCCUACAAGCAAGGGACAGUACUGGAUCCCUACGCCUUCCCAGAUUCUCAUUGGACCUACGCAGUUCUCAUGUCCCCUUUGCAGCAAAACGUUUAAUAGGUACAACAACUUGCAGAUGCAUAUGUGGGGGCAUGGAUCGCAGUACAGGAAAGGACCCGACUCGCUACGGGGAAGCCAACCGACCGCCAUGCUACGGCUGCCGUGCUACUGCUGCGCACGUGGCUGUUCGCACAACAUCGACCACCCGAGAGCAAGGCCACUCAAGGACUUCAAGACGCUUCAAACGCACUACAAGAGGAAGCAUGGGAUCAAGCCCUUCGUGUGCAGGAAGUGUGAGAAAGCUUUUGCUGUGAAAGGGGACUGGAGAACCCACGAGAAGAACUGUGGGAAGAUUUGGUAUUGUGUUUGCGGGUCCGAUUUCAAGCACAAGCGGUCCUUGAAGGACCAUAUCAAGGCUUUUGGUCCGGCCGGUCACGGCGCGAUUGGCAUUGAUUUGGACGACGACGAGGAGCCCGGAUCGGAAUUUGAAUCGAUGUAA